AUGAAUUUGAAGAAAGCAAAGGGCAAAGAGAAAUUACAGGAAGAUGUUGGCCCCUCUGAUGAUGAAGUGUUUGUUGAUUUGAACUGUUGUGAGGACUGCUCUGAGGAGGAAGAUGAAAUCAUUGAGAAGGAAGAUGAAAUCAUUGAGGAGGAAGAGCAUGACAUAGGUAAUGAGGAGGAAAAUGAAAUCAUUGAGAAGCUGAAGCAGAAAAGGAAACAGAGAGAGGAUCCUAUGCAUCACUUUGAAGGAGACACAGAAGUGGAAGAGAUGUGUCCAGAGGCAGAGGACUCAGACACAAAACCUGAGACACCUCUUCCUCAAACAUUCAAGAAAGUAGGCAAAGCAGGCCCCACUACAAGAUCACACCAUGAAGCUGACAUUGAGGUAAUUCCUGAUUUCAUUCCAUCUGAUGAUUCUGCUUGUUUCCCUGGGGACUAUGGCAUUAGUGAUUCAGAUGAUGAGUCAGGUCUACCAGUGCCCUGUGGAAGGAAGAGUCAAGCCAAGAGGGCCAGGACUAGGAUCUGGUAUGAUGAGACCAAGCCAGAUGCUCAUGACCAACUUUGCUUGAGUAUGUGCUUCACUGAUGUGUAUCAGUUUAGAAGAGCACUUAGGAAUUUUCAUAUCAGAAUCCUUAGAAAUUUCCAGUACCAUAGGAACUGCAAGGAUAGGAUCAUUGUGCAUUGCAAAGAAAGGGACAAUGGGUGUCCUUUUUUCAUGACUGCAUCCACAAUUGCUCAUGAGAAGACAUUCUGCAUCAAGAAGAUGAAGUUGUUGCACACUUGUGGUGCACAUGGAGAAAAAACCAAAGUGACAGUUGACUGGAUGGCCAGAACAUGUGAGCAGCAACUGAGAGAUAAUCCAAGGGCUGGUGUUGAUGCAAUUUUAAAAAGAACAAAGACUAAGUAUGGGCUGGAAGUGCCAAAGACCAAGGCCUACAGGGCAAGGUCAUUGGCCAUUGAAGUGGUGGAAGGUGACAUGAAGGGACAAUACACAAGGUUUAGGGAUUAUCUUCAAGCUGUGCUUGAUACCAACCCUGGGAGCAGAUGCAUUGUGACUACCAGAGAGCUUGAGCUCCAUCCUAGCCCAAAUCCUAGGUUCCACUACAUGUUCUACUGUCUGAAUGCUUCAAAAGAAGGUUUCUUGAAUGGGUGUAGGCCCUUUAUAGGUUUAGAUGGUUGCUUUAUCAAGCUUUCUACUGGGCAACAGAUACUUGCUGCCACUGGUAGGGAUGGGAAUAACAACAUAUUCCCUAUUGCAAUUGGUAUUGUUGAUAAGGAGGACAAGGAAAGUUGGACUUGGUUUCUUAGCCAAUUAAGAGCUUGCCACUACAAGAUCACACCAUGA